AUGGGCGACGCCGAUGAAUACACCCUCGUCCCUCCACCCUGGACUCUGAAGGGCACAGUCUACCUCUUCGCCUUCUGGACCACCAGGUCCCAAGCCGCCAACCCUCCAUCCUUCGCCUACUCCCCCCUCGAGGCUUCGGCAGGAUACGCAACCCCAGAGGGCAGCCGCCACCUCGGCGGCCUCAGCAUGAUCCAGCUCAUCCGCUACACCGAGUCGCCCGUCGGCCCCUACGACGAGCUCAUCCUAAGCCCCGGUUUCCACGAGUACACCGUCGAGGAGGCCGGCAGGCGCGUGAAGAAGCGCAACGCCCGCAUCACCCGCAUCUACGUCUCCCAGCGCCAGACCUGCUGGAACGGAAGAAAGAGUCAGUGCUCACCCCCCCCCCGUGCUGCUAACCGCCAUCGCGUGUACCCCCACCUCUCGACUAAAGAAAGACUGGCUGCCACAGACUGGAACAUCCCCAAACACCUCGCCGCCUUUGACUGGCAAGACCAUCAAGACGGCAGCACCACCAUCAAGGUCUACCCACACGACACUGAGCCGGUGUCGGCCGCGGAAGCGUCACCCAGCAAGACGCCUUUCUUUCAGACGACUUUCCGCCCUACCCCUUUCGUCCCCAGCUUCCCCAUCUCGAUGUCUCUUUUCAAGCAUCUCGGCGUCGACGCCACUCUCGUCCAGCCGCCCCUGCCCCAGGGCCAGGGUAGCCAUGGCGAGUUGCCAGGCACCGAUCGCUGGUGCGCCGUCGCGCCGGACCAGUCCUCGCGCAGGUCGAGCAUUGGCUGGUUUGACCUCCGCCAGACGGACGACCAGGGAAAUGUGGUUGGGGAGCAUGAGAACUUCUGGCCCGGCUUCUGGCGCUGGCAUCUCGGCGUCAAAAUGGAGGAUGCCGAGAUUGGAUUUGGAGAAGGGAAAUAUUGGGACGCGCCCAAGUCUUUGCUUUGA